AUGUUACUCUACAGUCAGGUCAAAAAUCUACCUGUUACUCUACAGUCAGGUCAAAAACCUACCUACAAUCAGGUUAAACACCUGUUAAUCUACAGUCAGGUCAGACACAUGUUACUCUACAGUCAGGUCAAAAAUCUACCUGUUACUCUACAGUCAGGUCAAAAAUCUACCUGUUACUCUACAGUCAGGUCAAAAACCUACCUGUCAAUCUACAGUCAGGUCAAACACCUGUUACUCUACAGUCAGGUCAAACACCUGUUACUCUACAGUCAGGUCAAACACCUGUUACUCUACAGUCAGGUCAAACACCUGUUACUCUACAGUCAGGUCAAACACCUGUUACUCUACAGUCAGGUCAAACACCUGUUACUCUACAGUCAGGUCAAACACCUGUUACUCUACAGUCAGGUCAAACACCUGUUAAUCUACAGUCAGGUCAAACACCUGUUAAUCUACAGUCAGGUCAAACACCUGUUACUCUACAGUCAGGUCAAACACCUGUUACUCUACAGUCAGGUCAAACACCUGUUACUCUACAGUCAGGUCAAACACCUGUUACUCUACAGUCAGGUCAAACACCUGUUACUCUACAGUCAGGUCAAACACCUGUCGAUCUACAGUCAGGUCAAACACCUGUUACUCUACAGUCAGGUCAAACACCUGUUACUCUACAGUCAGGUCAAACACCUGUUACUCUACAGUCAGGUCAAACACCUGUUAAUCUACAGUCAGGUCAAACACCUGUUACUCUACAGUCAGGUCAAACACCUGUUACUCUACAGUCAGGUCAAACACCUGUUACUCUACAGUCAGGUCAAACACCUGUUACUCUACAGUCAGGUCAAACACCUGUUAAUCUACAGUCAGGUCAAACACCUGUUACUCUACAGUCAGGUCAAACACCUGUUACUCUACAGUCAGGUCAAACACCUGUUACUCUACAGUCAGGUCAAACACCUGUUACUCUACAGUCAGGUCAAACACCUGUUACUCUACAGUCAGGUCAAACACCUGUUAAUUUACAGUCAGGUCAAACACCUGUUACUCUACAGUCAGGUCAAACACCUGUUCGUAGAUCAGAGCCUGUUCAACAUUUUUCUUUGAUUUGUAGUCACAUGAUGCACAUACUGUACAGAGAGCCCCAUGAAGUGUAGAAGCUCAGACUGAACUAGUCUCUCGUAAUUAGGGGUGUUAAAUCUGACAGGGUAAUUGUUUAUGUAUUUAUUUUUUAUUUAACCUUUAUUUAACUAGGCAAGUUAGUUAAGAACAAAUUAUUAUUUACAAUGACUGCCUACCAAAAGGAAAAAGGUCUCCUGCGGGGAUGGGGGCUGGGAUUAAAACACUACCAGGGCAUCACAGACGAGGGGAGCAAACCAAGAGGUCACACUGACGAGCCCUCAGCAUGCUUAUUACAAGAAGCCCAGUCUACCGCAAAGUUUUUAAAAAGCCUAGACCCAUACAGUAUAUCCCAUUUGGACCUGAGGCCCGAGGUCUCUAACGAGGGGCUUCUAUACACUAUCUCUGUCUGCUCCAUAAUGUAGAUUCCCCUCACAUAAUCAGGGCUAAUUAUGUAAAGACAGACCACAGGCAUAUUAAGGAUCACUUUUUCUAAAUGCCCUUGGUUGCAACUAAACAGCCCCCAUAUAAAAACAACUAACCAUUUUCUCUUUAUAUGCUUUGAUUUUGGUUAAAAUGAUUGUAGAGAUAGUCUACCCAUUAAUGGAACAGAUUUGUUUUUCUUUGAAUACUUUUACAUUAUGAGCUUGGUCUUUUCUUAUUGUUGACAUUUUGGGGUCAACUCACCAUACACAUUCAACAACUGCAGGACUUUCAGUCUAUUCUUUUAACCUGUUCACAAUUCUCCCUCAGUUUUCCAGUGCAUCGAACACAUUGAUUACUAUUCUGAACAUGUUCAGUGGUAAUUCUCGUGAGUCACUCAUUGAGACAGUCUAUCUAUUCGUGCAAGGUUAUUAAAGAUUUCAUAUUCAGAUACUCACUCAAUGUCUGGUAAAUCCAGACAUUUCUGAGGGGCCAAAGAACUGUGGCUGAUUUCUCGUUCUCUUCAUUGUGAUUUGGUACACAUCUUCCUUCUCUCCCUUCCCAUUCUACACCGAAAGAAUGAACAGGUGUCAUGAAGUUGUAAUGAAUAUGCUAUAAAGGCACACUCUGUAACUUGUCUCCUCCUGCGGUAGCUAGGAAUGAAUUACAUAAACAAUUAAGAAAACAAUUCCUUGCAAAUGUUGUUUGACUUUCUCCUGUCAAAUAUCUCACAAAUACACUGUAACAGGAAGGGCUCGAUUCAAUCCGUAGUUGUCACGGCUGGCUAGGUGUGUAGAGAGGAAUCAGGCGCUGAGAGGUCCAGGGGAAAGAUGCACUUUAAUGCGGCACCAAAAGUAAAUGCCCAACACGCAGGGCCCAACACGUACCCCCCCCAACCCCUGACGCGCGGCACCCGCAGCGCGCUGCCACCGGCUUCGAGGGCGGCCCGGAGGGCGAGGCGCCGGGCGAUCCAGGUAGAGGCGGUGGAAGUCUCUCAGGGGUGAAGGGUCCAAAAUGUCCCCCACCGGUACCCAGCACCUCUCCUCCGGACCGUACCCCUCCCAGUCCACAAGGUACUGUAGGCCCCUCACCCGGCGUCUCGAGUCCAGAAUGGUACGUACUGUGUACGCCAGGGACCCCUGAUGUCCAGAGGGGGUGGAGGGACCCCAGGCACCUCACCUUCUUAGGGGACCAGCCACCACCGGCCUGAGGAGAGACACAUGAAACGAGGGGUUAAUACGAUAAUAAGUAGGAAGUUGUACCCUAUAACACACUCUGUUUAUC